AUUGCCGAUGCGAAGAAACAAAACAGUGUAAUUGGAACCAUUCAACUAGUUUUCCUCAAACCCGUCCCGUUUGCAUCAUCGCUGGAAAAGUGUUAUUGUGUUCGGACGUAUAGCGGAGAUUGUUUCAGCGAAAAACUCGAAGCGUAAAAAAGUGAAAUUUGCUUCCGACUUGAAAUCCAAUCGUAGUAUGCGGCGACCACCUGCAAAUCACGUGCAAAUAACGAAGAGCCCAAAGACAAUGCGGUAAUCAUCAUUUAUUCAUUGCACAGAAGAAGUGCCACUGCAUACGUAAGCUCCCAGAGAUUAUCAGAACGUAACGAAGUCACUGCACCGGACGGUGCGAAAUCUGCAUCGCCCAUCGCCAGUACCGUCAUUAAGCAGUCAACGACAAGACACCGCGCCCGGCAAGGCCUACUACUCCAUACUUGGGGUUACGCCCUUUAGGCCGCUCAGUACACACUCCACGACCUUACCCAAGUAGGCCCCUUGGGAAGGUGGGCACGCUUAAAAGUGAUGAUUUUUCGAAAUUUCCUCUUCUUCACCCAGCAACUGAACGUGAAGAGCAGGUUCGUCUCGUGACGCACGAUCCGCUCGGUGAAGAACUUUGCCCGGGCGCGGUACGGUGCCGCCGGGAGGCGGUUGAACGAUGGGUACAAGAAGCCUGCCAUCGUCGACAUAGAGAAGGGACAGGUCGAAAAUGAGCCUCCGUCGAACGGCAAGCAACUCUCCGCGCUUCCAGCGCCAGAAGCAGCCUUCACCAGUAACGCCGUCCAUCAGUCCAGUGCACGCCCGUCCAACGAGCGGUUCAGACUAGUGCUGCUGUACGUGGUUCAGUUCGCGGGCUUGGGAGCUUGCAUCGCCGGAGUCGUUCUCGUGUGGUACUUCAUGGGCUGGGAGUUUGGAGUUCCGGCGGUGCUGAUCGCGCUGCUGGCCGUGCUGAUCGCCAGCGGGAAAUGGCGCUGGUUCUACAUCGCCGCCGUGACGGCGCCCCGUGACGUGAAAGCGCUGAGCCGGUACGUGAAGCUGCUGUUCCUGGUGAAGAAGUACGCACGCCAGAAUGCCACCAUCGCCGAUAUCUUUGCCGAGUACGUGGCCAAACAGCCGGAGAAGGUGUGCUUCGUGUUCGAGGGACGCGAGUGGACCUUCCGGGAGGUCAGCGACUACUCGAACCGGGUGGCGAACGUGUUUCACACCCACGGGUACAAACAUGGGGACGUGGUGGGGCUGGUGAUGGAGAACCGGCCGGAGUUUGUGGGGACCUGGUUGGGACUUUCGAAGUUGGGAGUGAUCAUUCCGUUGAUAAAUCACAACUUGAGGAAGAACGCGCUGUUGCACAGCAUUACGGUGGCCAAGUGUAACGCUCUGGUGUACAGUGAGGCACUGUGUGAGGCGAUCGGGGAGAUUACGGAGUCGUUGCCGUCGACGAUGGCGCUGUAUCAGUUUAACGAUGCGAUCCAGCAGACGGUGCUGGCGAACUCGAAGGAUCUGGCCACGCUGCUGCAGUCGGCUUCCAAGGAGUUGCCGACGACGAACGUGAAGAAGGCGUCGCACCACGAUCAGCUGUUGUACAUCUACACUUCCGGAACUACGGGGCUGCCGAAGGCUGCCGUCAUUACACACUCGAGAUACCUGUUCAUUACGGCAGCCAUCCACAUCGUGGCCGGAUUCAGCCCGAACGACGUGUUCUACACUCCGCUGCCGCUGUACCACACGGCUGGUGGAAUGAUGAGCAUCGGGCAGGCGUUGAUCUUCGGUGCGACGGUCGCGAUCCGUAAGAAGUUCUCCGCGUCGCAGUACUUCACCGACUGUCAAAAGUACAACUGCACCGUUGGGCAGUACAUCGGCGAGAUGUGCCGGUACAUUCUGGCGACGCCCGAGUCGGGCAACGACAAGGACCACAAGGUACGGUUGAUCUUUGGUAAUGGACUGCGUCCGCAGAUUUGGCCCCAGUUUGUCGAGCGGUUUAACAUUCCGCGGGUGGCGGAGUUUUAUGGGGCUACCGAAGGCAACGCUAAUAUUGUCAACAUCGAUAAUACUGUGGGUGCGAUCGGCUUUGUGUCUCGAAUCAUUCCGUCGGUGUAUCCGAUUUCGAUCAUCCGCGCUGAUCCAGCUACCGGUGAGCCCAUUCGUGGCAAAGAUGGCUUAUGUCAGCUGUGCCAACCGAACGAACCGGGCGUAUUCAUCGGUAAAAUCCUGCCCAACAAUCCGAGCCGUGCCUUCCUGGGCUACGUGGACAAGGGCGCUUCGGAGAAGAAGAUCGUGCGGGACAUCUUCAAGAAGGGCGACUCGGGCUUCCUGUCCGGGGACUUGCUGGUCGCGGACGAGCGAGGCAACCUGUACUUCAAGGACCGAACCGGCGAUACCUUCCGGUGGAAGGGCGAAAACGUAUCAACCAGCGAGGUGGAAGCCGAGGUGAGCAACGCGUCCGGCUAUCGGGACACCGUCGUGUACGGCGUUGAAAUCCCCAACCUGGAGGGACGCGCCGGCAUGGCCGCCAUCUUGGACCCGGAAGGUCAGGUCGAUCUCGUCAAGCUGGCGGACACCCUCAAACAAUCGCUUCCGUCGUACGCUCGACCCAUGUUCGUUCGACUUCUCACCAAAGUGGACAUGACCGGCACGUUCAAGCUGAAAAAGCUCGACCUGCAAAAGGAGGGAUUCGAUCCGAACGUGAUCGAGGACGCCGUGUUUUACCUGUCUCCCAAAGGCGCGUACGAACGCCUCACGAAGGAAGCCUACGAACAAAUCAAGCGGGGUGAAAUCCGGUUCUAAGCUCUUAACCAAACUUCCUAAACCAAUGCUCAAUAGUCCCCUUCCCCCUACGCGAACCUCCCUCAUUUAUCAGAAGCAUUUCCCCAACCCGUAACGCUGAAGUGGGUGACCCACGUCCCAGAAAUCAAUUGCAACUCUUUCUCCCCGAACAACUGUGAUAACGACCCGGAGAGUGAAGCUUCGCGGAGAAAGAGACACACAUAUCAGAGAUUGAACGAACUGAGCGGGAUUGGCGGGUUGCCCCUUGCAAGAUUCUUCCUUUGUUUGUUUCGAAUUAGUUUCGACUUAGUUAGACUGGAUUAAGCAAUAACUUGUGUGGUAGAAGGAUUACGUUUUUUACCGUUUUUUUUGCAGGCUAUUUUGUGUAAGUAUUUUUUUUAUGAAUAAAGUUUACGCCCACUGUUUUGUGUAUGCUAAAAAUAAUAAUAUCGUGUAAAUACCGAGUUCCGUCUGAGGAAGCAAAGGCAUUCCAGUUUGUUUGAACGAACGCGCGCACCUGCCCUCGGGUGUUGUGGUUUUUUUGUACUUAGGAUCGAAUCAAAUGUUUAGAUAGAUGUAAUUGCAUUUAAGCAGUUAACAGUAAUUGUGGUAAAGCUAAGAUGGUGUCACUGAGAUGAUGCAGAAUAAAAUGGUUACUAAUA